UCCCACCUUUCCGACUCUCACCAUUGCCACAGAGUUUUCUGUAACCUAGAGGUGUUAGUUUUUUGGAAAAACUUUCCUGUAAUUUUUGGAAAUUUUCUGCAAAACCAUAAAACUUUCCGAGUUAUACUUUCCCAGAAACACACAAAUACAUUUUAUCAACUUUUUAUACAAACGGGAGCAAAUAAAACAUACAUGUUGUUUUUAUCUACCACCUAAUGCCCCACUUAACAUUUGAGGGUUAGGUAGAACCCAUGAUACUCUCUAUCAACUACAGUAGAACCCUGUUAUAAUUUUCCUGCAUACAAUGUUUUCCUGCUUAUAAUGUCAUAUAUAUAAUUACCUUUAUUUACCCCAUAAGGACAAUGUAUUUAUUUCCUGCACAUAACGUUCAUAAAUAGUGUAAUUUCCUGCUUAUAAUGUUUGCUUUCUAACAGUCAAUAAAUGGGGAAAAAAAUUUUUAAAACCAAAUUAUUCCAACACUUACAAUAAAAAGUUUCCUUUAUGUAUGUUUAUGUUUACAAUCACUGCCAUACAAUACAUGAAGUUAGUUAAAAUACAAUUUUAUGCAAUGUACUGAAGGUACACAAUGUUCAUAGUUACGUGACAGUUGGCACCCUUAGUCAACUCUUCUCUUCCUUGCCAUUCCAGUGGGUAUUUAGAUGUACGUACAUAGUCCUACGAUAUUUAAGUUGCCAACCAUUGAGCGAGAUCAUAACUAAAAGUGUUUUCUAUUGCUUACAAAUAAUUUUUUUUUUUUCAUUCAUACGUAGGAAUCCCAUUUUCAGGUGGCGAAGGAGUAGAUGUUCUCACUAUUAAUGUUGUCAUCAUGAAUCGUGAGACAAUUUGACAAAAAAAUGUGGCAGUGUAUCUUUAAAGACAAACAAAAUUUAACCAGGGAACAAGACGAAGUUGAAAAAUUGUUGGCUUGUUUCAGAAAAUUCAUGUAUCAAGUAUACUAUCUUUGGUUUUAUAAUUAAAGUUGUUUACAUAGCUUGGUGAGUCCAUUGGUACAAAGCUCGAACAUUGUUAAGUGCUAAAUUGAGAUUUCCUGCUUAUAACGUUGUCCUGCUUAUAAUGUUUUUUUCGUGUGCUCCCUUGAAAAACAUUAUAACAGGGUUCUACUGUAAUAAGAACAAACAAUUGUUGUUUAAAAAGUACCUACCAAUCUGGUCUGCACCUGUUUUGUUUACUCGUUCCGGUUCCUACCCCUUUCCCGUGAGUUUUCUGGCUGGCGCAGCGGUGUCUUGUCGGCUGUACAGUCACAGUCAAUAUUGAGUUUCAUCAGUCGUGCGCGCAAGAUGUCUACUUCCAAAUGUAAACGAGUUGUUUUAACAAUUAAACAAAAAUUGCAGGUGUUAAAUAAACUGGAAUGUUGACAGUGAUUGCUAGGGCCAAUGAAAAAUGGUAAAUAAAAAAGGCCCAUUUCGGUGAAUAAAAAGAGUUAUUUCGGUGCCAAAUUUCGGUGAAAAAAAAAUUGUUUAGUUAGAAAAAAUAACUAUUUCGUCAUUAUAAUUUUAUACACAUGUAUAUGUUUGAUGGAAUAAUUGUUUUAUUUGGUCGAAAUUUAUCAAAAACAAUGUUUUGAAGUACAUUCACAUCUAAAAUUUAGCACGCUGCAUUUGUAAUUAAAAUUCUCAAGAUUACAUACAAAAAAAUCGGAAAUUGAUCAUAAACGUUAGUGGCUCAAGUCCAUUUUGACUACCUAUCUCUGAAAAUCAGCUAUUAUACGUUUCCUGCAAACUAGUCCCCACCAAAACACUGUACUUAUUCAACAGUACAGAGUAUUGUUUUUUUUUGUUUACUUUUUCACCGCCUCAACUGCGUGUGCGGUAUUUGUUCAUGUAUAUGCUGGCACUCUUGGCCGGCAUUUAUUUUCGUGCAUUGCCGUGACAACUACGAAAAUAAAUAGUCGCCUCGGCUAGGACGCCCAAAUACAAUUAACAUUUUGAAAGUUAUGAUUUGAUUGGCUAAUAUGGAAGUGACGCUAUUUUUCUGGACUGCUUUUGGCCGAUUCAGAGAAAGGAACAAAGAUUGAGUUAAGGCCUAUCGACGAUUGCGUCACCAGACUCAUUUGCGGUCGGCAAAAUAAUGUCAUUUUUGCCGUUUUAUGGCCUUCUACGUCUCGUAGGAACGUGUGCGACGACGGAGACUGAGUAGGCGUACGUCUGGAUGUAAUAAUUUUCAUUCGUGAAAUAUAUGGUUCUAGAGUAACUUGACGCUUAGUUCCAGAACCCGAUGCUUUGUUCACCUUGUGCGAUGCUCGAAAUUUACAGUGUUUUCACACGUGUAUUUUAUUUUCCAGUCGACUUGCACAUUACAGAACUAGCACAUCAUGAUGCCUUUUUCUUUACUGAUUACGUAAAAUCCUUCAGCUCUUUCGAAAACACAACUUUCGGCAUUUUAUACGUUUAUCCAGUGACCACGGUAAUAUGACCAAAAUGACACAAAAACUUUCAACGGAAAACGAUCAUAGAUGCGGAAGAGAGACAUAUUGCAUCCACUCGGAAAUAAAGAACUUAAACUCGACAGACACGCACUCGUGAAAACAAAAUCAUAGAACAUUUCGACACUCGUAACUACCAACGCCAUCUGUGAUUUGUCCACCAGUAGCUAAAGUGAUAAUGUUUAUUGCCACGCUCUACUCUAUGGGUGCUAGAGAAAAACAAAAGCAAAGAUGGCGUCUCACAUAAAACCUCUUGGAAUAAUAAACGUUUUGUGCAAGUUCCAGAAUGAUUCAACGUGAUUUUUCGCGAUAAAAAAGGUUAAUUUCGCGCGAAUAUCGCGAUUUCGUCAUAUUUCGUGAAAAACUACGGAUUUCGCGCAUCACAGCAAAUUUCGUUAAAACGAAAUGCAGUAUAUUAACGUAUUAUAACUACCAUGUAAGGUUAUUUGUAUUACACAUCAUGUGCAAGUGAUUUUUUUAAAAUUUCGCGAUUUCGUCAUUAACGAAAUUUGACUACCCCUAGUGAUUGCAUCACUGAAUGGUUUGAAGUGGACUGUACUCUGCCAGGCUACAAGUUCUCUAAUCUCUGGAUUCCUUAUAAGCGUAUUACACACUCAGCAACUCUGGAAUGGGCUGAUAAUAUAAUUAAAUUAAUUUAAUUUAGAGCAGGAAGAUGAUACACUAUUUUCAGACAAACUUACCUUAAGAAAAAUUCGUAGCGCUAUUAGAAGAAAAGAAAGUACAUCGCAAAAACAAAAGUCUAUUACACAUUUUUUUCAAUCAAAGUAGCCUGUAUUGUUUAGCGUACAUAACAGCUGUACAGUAGAAUGUACCCCUACUACACCUAUGUACAUGCAUUUAUGUUUACAUAUUUGCCAAUUGUAUUUGUGUAGGCCUAAAGAAUUUUUGCGUGUUUAAGAUGUGUGAGUAUUUUUGCGUGUUUUUUAAUGCUUUAAAAUGUCUAUAAAUUAACAUUCUAUCUUUCCUCAAUUCUUGUUUACAUUACAUAUUCAUAUGCACAUACCGACAUACGUAUACGACCAUACAAAUUUAUUUAAACAUACUCAAUACAAACAUGUGGGCUAAUAGGCCGAGAUUUUUUCGCCUGAAGCAUUUUACUCAAAUGCACUCGACUGUACCUCAUUUCUUAUUCUAAACGGCCGGAAAGUCAACAAAAAAUUGCCGUGUGUGCACCAAACGACUGCUAGAAAGUAUGCUGCAGAAACAGAGGCACCAUGUGACAGCCACACCACCUCCUUCCCCUACGCAUGGGCAACCCAAUGCUUCGUCUCCUGUACACACAGGCUCGCUGCUCAGCUCCAUGCUGGAGGCUCCCAAGAGCGGGGUCAGCGUGGGUGGAGUGCUGGACGUAGACAGCGAAGCCAUGUGCUGCCUGGCGCUGCGUGCCCUCACGCACCUCUUCAUGUGGGUGCCCAUCAACAGCGGCAUCAUCACGCCAGCCCUCGUGGCGGCCAUCUUCCGGCUGGCAACCGUCUCUCCGGACUAUGGGCGGGAGGAGAACCACAACGUGCGCACGCUGGCGAUGGCGGCCAUUAAUGAGCUGCUGUACAAGAACUGCGUGCCGUCGUCGUGCGCGGACUUCGUGCUCAGCCUGCUUCAGCAGGCCAUGCUGCUGCUACAUCACUGGCUGCAGGCUCCGCCCACCAGCGAGGCUUCCUGCACGUACGAGAGCAAGCUGAUAGAGUUCCUGCAGCUGUUUGUGAACCUCCACCUGCAUCGCUUGGAAGAGAAGCCCCAGUUCCCGGUGGCCACGUUUGCAGAACUGCUGCUGCGCUUCACCUUCCACGGGGACAGCUUGGAGCGGCUGCUGUCCUGCCUCGAGGUGUGGGAGACCUUCCUGCACCACCUCCAGGACAAGCCCUCCAUCACGUCCCGGUACUCGGACGUGCUGGUGAGUCUGCUGAGGCAGGUCCUGAACAAGUGUCUGUUCUGCAGCAACCAGGCCCAGCUGGAGGAGCUGGACGACGAGGACGUCAACGAUGACAACCAGACAGAAUGGCAGCAGUUCCUGUGCACUUGUGUUGACAUAAUUGACAAGAUAAUCUCACUUAUCCCAGCCAGCACAUACAAGAUAGUGAUGACAUGCCCAUGGAAAGCUGAACAGGAGCGAUUACAUAAACUCCUGCGUGAAGUGGAAGAGGAAUUGGAAGCAGAAGACGGAUCAUCAGGUAGCCCUGGAGGACAAGAUAAUGCGGCAUUUCCUGAAGAUGAGGAUCAAGAAGAAGACAAUGUAAGUGAAAGUGAACAUGAGACUGGAACAGAAGAGGACGCUGACACGUCAGAUGAGAGCUCAGAAGUGGAUUCAGGUAAUGCUAAUAAUAAGUAUUACGUAGGACGAGAUAAGAUAACAAAAUGGAGACAGAAUGCAUCAUCAGCUACAUGCCGUACUAGGAGCCAUAAUAUAGUAAGCAAAUUACCAGGAGUGCGUGGAUCAGCUCGAAAUGCUUUGACAGUAAUGGAUGCACUAUUUUUGUUUUUCACAUCGGACAUGUUGGAGAACAUUGUUGAAAACACUAACGAGCGUAUACGAAAAGUAAGUGCUUCAUAUUCUGAUAAGCAGCGGGUAAGGGAAACUGAGAUAACAGAAUUACUAGCCGUCAUGGGUUUACUCUAUUUAGCUGGAGUUUUCAAAUCUGGAAGGCAAAAUCUAAGGGAUUUGUGGGCAGAAGAUGGCACUGGCAUACAGAUUUUCAGACUUACGAUGUCACUCUUUCGAUUCAAGUUUCUCCUACAGUGCCUUCGGUUCGAUGAUGCAGGUACACGUGAAGAAAGGGCAAAAACUGAUAAGAUUGCAGCUAUUAGAGACUUCUUUGAAGCGUUUGUAAAAAACUGCAUAAAUAAUUACUCGCUUGGUGCUUAUGUGACAAUCGACGAAAAACUGGAAGCAUUCAGGGGACGUGCUAGUUUUAGACAAUACAUUCCAAGUAAACCGUCUAAAUAUGGCAUCAAAAUAUAUGCCCUUGUAGAUGCAAGGAUGUAUUACACAAAUAACCUAGAAAUUUAUGUGGGAAAUCAACCAGAAGGCCCAUACAAGUUGAGUAACUCACCUCAUGAUGUUGUUAUUAGAAUGGUAGCCCCAAUUUCCGGGUCAGGACGAAAUGUAACAACAGACAAUUGGUUUACUAGCUAUCCUCUAGCAAUAAGUUUGCUGCAGGAUCAUAAACUUACACUCCUAGGAACGAUACGCAAGAACAAGAGGGAAAUACCUCCUGAAUUUUCAGAAACGAAAGGAAAACCCAUUGGUUCGAGUCUUUUUGGUUUCUGCAAAGAUGUCACCUUAGUAUCUCAUGUUCCUAAGAAAGGAAAAGUUGUAAUUUUAUUAUCUACAAUGCAUCACGAUGCAAAAAUUGAUGAGAGCACUGGCCAGAAAAAAAAACCAGAAAUAAUAACUGACUACAAUCUCACAAAGGGAGGAGUAGACAUGGUAGAUCAACUAUCAUCUCUAUAUGAUGUGUCUCGCAACAGCAGGCGGUGGCCACUGACAGUAUUUUUUGCUCUAAUGAAUGUUGCUGGAAUAAAUUCCCAAAUCAUUUUUCAGAGCAAUUCAAAGAGCGAGAUGAACAGGAGAACUUAUUUGAAAACACUAGGACUUGAACUCGUCAAGAAAUGCAGUACCGAAAGACACCAAGUCCGUUGUCUUAGAAGAGAGCUGCAGGCAAAAUUAAAACCUGUAAAACAUGAUGAUAAGGAUACUCAGCCUCCUACAAAACUAUCUAGACGCUCACGGUGCACUGUGUGUCCACGGUCAAAAGACAGGAAGACAAACGUGCAGUGUGUGCACUGCAAAAGUCACAUUUGUACUGACCACAUUGUUCCAUUUUGCAGGAAUUGUGCACCUGAAACUACAGAGGACAGCAACUGAAUCCAGAGAUUUAAAUAUCAGAAAUGACAGUCUACAAUAAUGUUUAUUAAUUUAUUUUAUUUAAUACAGCUUGCUUUUCGUUUUGAAUAUUUUUUGUCAAAGUAUUGUGAAAUGAUAUGAUUUUCAUUCAUAAAAAUAGUGUUUUGUAUUGAUUUAUGUUAAAUUCUGUGUAUUCACAUUAAAUCUUAAUAUUUUGCUAUAAAAGUGAUUACCGAACGUCAGAUAACAAAUAUUAAUGGUCGGUUUUAAAUUAUGUCAUUUCAUAAAAUAUAUAUACAAAAAUGUUUUUGGGGUCUCUCAGACCCCACCUGAGUCUUGGCGUAAAACCUUGGCACCUGAGUCCUGCAGGGUUAAUAAACAGUAAAAAACUUUGACGACGAAUUUCCAAAUUAUACUUUACUUAAUAAACAAACAUCGUUCUUUGUAACGCAAAUUCAUCGAAUAUGCGCGCGCAUGCGUAAAACAUACGAAAAAUGCGAGUAACGAGAUGGAGCCGUGUGUAACGCUUCGUUACUCGUUACUAGAUGGCUUACCCGUUACUCAGUACCGAAUACAUACGGUUUGCUACAGCUCUAUUAUUCUCAGUAAGAGCUUUGUGCGCGGUGUUUAGUUUUUGGAAUACGUUUUUUAUAAGUGCUGCGCAGCUCAGCGAACAAAGAGUGUCAGCCGGCGGCUACGCCGCGCCGUAAUAGCAGCUGACCGAGUACAAUGACCUUUCUCCGCGUACGGCGCGCUAUGGACGGUAAAUUUCCAUCAAUUUGCGGCCUUUUUUUUUUUAAUUUUUUACUGUGACGCAAUGUGUAUGUAGCUUGUUUUUGUUAUAAACGCUGCAGGUUGCGACUGUAUUUUAAUAAACUUUAACGUAUUUCUUACACUUUACAUAUUUUUAAACUUUUUUUUAUGCCUCAUUUUUCACGGUUUCUAAAAAUCUGUAUGUACGACCGAGGUGUACGUACGAACCGGGGGCCGUACGAGCGAGAUCAAAAACUUUGAAGAUGGAAUGUUGACGAAGUCUGAGAUAGCACGGCAGCACAAGAUAUCAGCGUCGACCCUGUCUACGAUAUGGAAACGUAGGUACGCGAUUAUGAGUGCGGGGGUCAUUGAAAAUCGGUAAAUCGGAUUUAACGAAACAUCGAUUUAGAGUAAACAUUUUCGGUAACCGUAGCACUUCGUUAAAUCGGGGUUCUACUGUAUUGCAGGCUCUUUCCCUUCCAAUUUAUAAAAAAAAAAUAUGUUAGAUAUUUAUUAUGUUUUAUGAUCAGAGGUGAUACUUGGAUUCUGGGAAUAAUGUAGAUGACAGCAGUUUGUCCGAAUGGUAGUGGUUUUCAUGUUGUAAGAAUGUGUUUUUAUGAUCAUAUUGUUUCUUGUAUGUAUACAGGUUCAAAAGGAAUGCCCAAUUAAUUAUUUAGAGUUCAUUUUUAACUAAUACAUAUUUACACUGCUUCCUAAAUUAUAACAAUCUGAAUGUAAACAAAUUAAUCACAGUUUAAUAAGUGCACGUUUUACUCUUCCCACUGGAGCUGGGCUCGACAGUGGCUCUUGCUACUGUUUGUCUCUUACCACGCACCUUGGUCCCAACACACUGCUUCACACUACUCAUCCACUGUGCAGCAACAUUGUCCCGGAUGCUCCAGUCUUCGCACACGAAGCCCGUUGCUCUUGUUCGUCACCCACUAUCGCUCACCCUCCAGAUCGCAGGUCACAUCUUUUAUACCUUUUGGUUUGCCCCAUGGAAAGGUCUUGCAGCCCUCCCAAAAUGACGCAUCAUCAAAGUCCUCAGACUUACCACUCUAAGCUGCGAGAACAAUGGCAUCCUAGUUACGCCACUACAAGCAAGUGUCCACAGUAACCUGCAGAAUGAUCCAGACACAAGGCACCUGACUUCUGCGAAAUGGCGGAAAAGGGGGAGGGUUUUUUUUGACAGAAACGGGCCUGCUAAUUGAAGGUCUGUGUUGUGGUGGGGGAAAGAGUGGGCAUCACAUCCGUACCUCACCUAGGGAGGGGAGGCGUUUCUACCAAGCUGGUGCACCAUCUAGCUGGUCAGUCCUUAUCUCUAGCAGCCUCGUAACAAUAUUUUUACCAUGGUUAAUUACAAAAGUUCCUUCUUUUGCUGUUAAGGUUGAGUUUUAAGUGUUAUGAUGUAUUUUAUUUUCUUAUUUUGUUAUUAUUCUUUGUUUAAAAGCAUGACAACACAAUCUGAUGGUAAAUUAAUAAGUGUUAGAGUGAGACAGCGAGAGUUUAUAACAAGUGUUCAGUGUGUGAACUCAAGGAUAGGCAUGAUAAAUAAUUAUAAAGAGACAGAGAAGGUGAAGUCCCUGAUUACCAUAUAUGUAUGUAAAAGUUUGUUCAUGUAUUGUAACUUCUUUUUUUUUAAAAAAAGCUUAAUGUUUGAAGCUUGUGUGUGAUUGCUUGUUGAUUAUGUCACUGCGUCACUUAUGUGAUUGCGUCUUGGUGGAGAUUCAGUCGGCCAUUUUUCAAUUGUUCGCUCAUCAUGUCAGGUGGCAGUUCACAAAUUAAAUCCAAUUAUGUACUGUAGAAGUAAAUUUCACAGCUGUGGUUUAGUUACUCCAAGAUUGACACCUUUUUAGAACUUUGUAAUUAGAAUUUGUUGACCACAGUCUUCGGUCGAAAUCCAGAACAUCGUCGUUCCAAGGACGGAGUCCUUUGGUUGUACCAUACAUGGCAAUACACCUUGGGAUAUAAUUUUGGUAAUAAAUAAUCUUUGCUUUGUCUGACUUUCAGUACCAUUGAAAAGUGAAUUAUUUUGGAAGCAGUGAACUUUGUUUUGUAAUGAUUUGUGUUAAUCUGAAACCGUGU